GAAAGAAAAUAAAAUAGUUUCUUACUUUUUUCAAUUCCCAUUUCUGUGCAACUACCAUUCCACGUUUGCGAGGUAAUUAAUUGCACAGCACGACGCGGUGGGGAUUGCGGGACUCACGGCACUGCCAGCUGUCCAUUUUUCUCAGAUUUGAAAGAUAACCUAUGAUUUUUAUUAGUAGUUUACUAUAUCAGUGUGAGAGACUCAUCACCAGCUAGCACUUGCUCUGGCAAAUGGCUUCAGGGGCUCAUACUAACAAGCAAAUGAAGAGGUUGGAAUCAAGGAAGUCACAUUCAUGGUGGUGGGAUAGCCACAUCAGUCCCAAGAAUUCAAAGUGGCUUUUUGAAAAUCUUGAAGAGAUGGAUAGGAAUGUGAAGCAAAUGUUGAAGCUGAUUGAACAAGAUGCAGAUUCCUUUGCCAAAAAGGCUGAGAUGUACUAUCAGAAGAGACCAGAGUUGGUUGCUCUGGUUGAGGAGUUCUACCGUGGUUAUCGGGCUCUGGCCGAACGUUAUGACCAUGUCACAGUAGAAUUGCGGAAGAAUAUACCCUCUGAUCUCCAAUCUCAAGGAUCAGGUAUUUCAGACUCCGGCUCUGAGCCAUCCUCUACCUGGCCCUCUCCAAUGAUGAAGGGGAGCCGCCGAAAGUCUAAAAACCGUGCAGCAGGGUUUGAAUACUUUCUUGGCUCUGGUGGAAAUGGUUCUGAUGCAUACCAGAAAGAUGUAGAUGACUCAUCUACACUGACAGAUUCUGAGGAGGAAUCCGAUGAUUCAUCAGUUAACAAUUAUUCAAGUUUCAAUGGCAGCGAUCCAGGGAUGAAUAGAAGAAUAUUGGAAUUGGAAAGCGAGCUUCGUGGGGUAAGAGAAAAGUUGUGGAUGCAAGAGGAGGAACAUAUAGAGGGUUCAUCUAGAGGGCUAAGAAAUGAGAACAUUGAAGAUGCUUAUUCCAAAAUUAAUGCAUAUGAACAAGAGCUGCUGACUGUGAAUGAAAAGUUAAGACUUUCAGAAGAAGAAAUCACUAAACUGAAGAUUGAGCUUAGAAAAUACAUACCUUUGGAUUCUGAAAAUUUGGAGGCUGGUGUAGAAUUGUCAUCGACUGAAGAAUACAUCAAGACAGGAAGGGAAACCAUUAAGGAAGAAGAGGUUCAAGGAAGUUUCCAGGGUCUGAAUAAGGAGUAGGCUUCGGAAAAGCAAAUUGCUUCCCUGAAAUUUGAGUCCAAUAAAUCCUCUGAAAGAAUCAAGCAAUUGCAGGAGCAGCUUGACUUGGCUCGCAAGGACAUUGCUGCAUGGAAAUCUAAGUUUAACAGCGAGAAAAGAGAGAGCACCAAACUCCAAGAAAGACUUGCGAGGUUGAAGACUAGUCUAUCAGACCGAGAUCAUGAGAUCAGGGAUUUGAAAACAGCUGUAUCUGAUGCGGAGGAGAAAAUCUUCCCGGAGAAAGCUCAGAUGAAGGCUGAAAUGUCCAGUGUGUUGGAGGAAAGUGCUCACAUAAAAGAACAAAUCAGAGAAUGGGAAAGUCGUGGCCGAGCUUUUGAAGAUGACAUAAGAAGGAUCCAGACUGAAAAAUUAGAAAAGGAGGCGGCACUGAAGGGCGAAAUUGAGCUUUUAAAGGCAGACAUUGAAGAGAAAGAAAAAAGCAUAAAGGAUCUCAAUGUAAGCCUUGGUGCUAUGAAAUCAGAGAGAGACACCCUAAAUGUAGAAGUUGGUUCACUCAAGGAAGAGGUAAAAUCAAGAGAUGGUAGGAUUGAACAAAUGAACAACCAUUUGAACCAACUUCACAUGGAACAUGUUAAAUUGAUUGCUGGAAUGGAAGAGGCGCAUAGACAAGUGGAAGAACUGAAAUCGAAAGCUAAACAGCUAGAGGAUGAGGUUGAGAGGCAAAGAACAGUGAUCUUAGAAGGAGCAGAAGAGAAGCGCGAGGCGAUAAGGCAGCUAUGCUUCUCACUUGAGUACUACAGAAAUGGUUAUAACAUGCUAAAGAAGCAUUUUGUAGGACACAAGAGGGUUCCAAUUUUGGCUUCCUAGUUAAAACUAUAUCUUCUUAGUAUGAUCUUGUAUAUUUCCUUGUACUCUUCAAAUUCUCCUGUAUUUAGGAUGCCUUGGUAUGGUUUUUAAAGGUUCUGAUGUUGUAUAAGUCAAGGUCAUGGUGUACUAUAAUAGGGGGUAGCCAUGGUUUCAUGGUUGAUUUUACACUUUGGCUUGUAAAGUAGAUAUAUAUGAGUUGGAGCUAAGUGUCAUCAGGUUCUUGAAGAUGAAGCUAUGGAGUGUGGAGGAUGAAGCACCUUCCUUUUGAGGGCAUUUAGAAGAGAUUGAAAAUUUGGGCAAUAGAUCCUUUCAAUUUUUUUUUUUUCAA